AUGAUUGUUUGUCUAUCUCCCAUCUCUUGGUAUCUAUCUAUCUAUCUAUCUAUCUAUCUAUCUAUCUAUCUAUCUAUGUCAGACGUUUCUUUAUCUAUCUAUCUAUCUAUCUAUCUAUCUAUCUAUCUAUCUAUCUAUCUAUCUAGUGUUUUCAUAUUUAUCUAUCUGUCUAUCGCUCAAUUAACAUCUAUCUAUAUGUCUAAAAUUCUGUUCAUAUCUAUGUCAGUCUGUUCAUAUCUAUCUAUCUAUCUAUCUAUCUAUCUAUCUAUCUAUCUAUCUAUCUAUCUAUCUAUCUAUGUCAGUCUUUUCUUUAUCUAUCUAUCUAUCCAUCUAUCUAUGUCAGUCUUUUCUCUAUCUAUCUAUCUAUCUAUCUAUCUAUCUAUCUAUCUCAGUCUGUUCUUAUCUGUAUAUCUAUCUAUCUCACUCUGUUCUGAUCUAUCUAUCUAUCUAUCUAUCUAUCUAUCUAUCUAUCUAUCUGUAUCAGUCUUUCUCGUAUCUAUCUAUCUAUAUAUCUACCUAUCUCAUCUGUUCAUAUCUAUCUAUCUAUCUAUCUAUCUAUCUAUCUAUCUAUCUAUCUAUCAUCUAUCUUUGUUCUUAUCUGUAUAUCUAUCUAUCUCACUCUGUUCUGAUCUAUCUAUCUAUCUAUCUAUCUAUCUAUCUAUCUAUCUAUCUAUCUUCUGUUCAUAUCUAUCUAUCUAUCUAUCUAUCUAUCUAUCUAAGUCUGUUCAUAUCUAUCUAUCUACCUAUCUAUCUAUCUGUGUGUUGUGGAGUAUUUUCACAGUGGAGGCUUGUAUUUCUAAUAAGUCGUCCUAA